AUGAAAGGGAGGGGGGAAACUACUUGCAUUGCAUCAUAUUUAUCAGAAUCAGGAUUUGUCCAUUCAGCCUAUUUAUUUGGACUUGAAAGUCAUAUUGCUCAAACAUCAAUUAAUGGAAGCAUUGUACCACCAGGUGCUUUACUCUCACUUAUACAAAAAGGGUUAUAUUAUACAGAAGCAGAAUUGUCAAUCGGUGAUGAAGGACAAGAACGUGCGUUUGAAACACUUAGUCUUAUUGAUGCAGUAGUACCCGAAACUAUCGAGACCCGUCGAAAAGAAAUUCUAAACCAAAAUCAGAAUGUUAAACAAGAGAAAUCAAAUACUUCAUCAUCAACAGUCACAAACGCAACAGCAAGUACUACAUCUCCAACUUCGUCACCACAAACCUCCACAACACUCACGGUUACACCCUCUUCCACUACAAUUACUUCAACAAAUAAUGAAAACAGUAGUAGGUCGUACAUUAAUAGUUCGAUAAGAUCGACUAUCGAUCAUUCGACUCCCAAUGGAACAUCGAACUAUAAUAAUUCCAUUGAAGCAUCGUCGUCUAAUAUAUCGUCUAAUAAUACGUCACAAACUUCUUCAUCGUUGUCGUCAACAUUACGACCGUUUAUGCAUAUAACGAACACGUCGCCAAAACCAACAUCAUCGCCUCAUAUUCCAUCGUCGACAAGUUCAACACAUUAUGCAAAUAGUAGUAUGGCAAAUGGAACAGAACAUUAUCACAUGGAUAAUCAUAUAACAGUGGCAAAACCUGAACCAAUGGAUUAUGACUCUAUUCAUCAAACAAAUUCAAGAAAUUCCACAACUCCUACCUCCAUCGUUACAACUGGAGGUCUUAUGAACGGUAUCGAUAUUCCACCAAAUCGUGUUACCGUGUUACGUGGACACGAAUCAGAAGUAUUUAUAUGUGCAUGGAACCCUACGCAGGAUCUAUUAGCAUCUGGCUCGGGUGACUCAACAGCUCGAAUAUGGAAUCUAAUGGAACCUAAAUCACAAGAAAUGGUGUUAAGACAUUGUAUACGACGAGGAGAUACACAAGUACCAAGUAAUAAAGACGUUACAUCAUUAGACUGGAAUCCAUCUGGAACACAACUGGCAACAGGGUCAUACGAUGGCUAUGCUCGUAUUUGGUCCACGGAUGGCACUCUAGUCAGUACAUUAGGGCAACAUAAAGGACCAAUAUUUGCAUUAAAAUGGAAUAAAAAAGGAAAUUAUAUAUUAUCAGCUGGUGUUGAUCGAACAACAAUUAUAUGGGACUCCAGUUCUGGUUCAUGUGAACAACAGUUUUCUUAUCAUCAAGCACCUGCAUUAGACGUUGAUUGGCAAUCUGAUACGGCAUUUGCAUCAUGCAGUACCGAUCAAAGAAUACACGUCUGUCAAUUAGGAUGUGAUAGGCCGAUAAAAACAUUCUAUGGACAUCAAAAUGAAGUAAAUGCUAUUAAAUGGGAUCCUCAGGGACGAUUAUUAGCAUCCUGCUCAGAUGAUAUGACACUCAAAAUUUGGACAAUGAAUAAAGAUACACCAUUACAUAAUUUACAAGCUCAUAAUAAAGAAAUUUAUACAAUUAAAUGGAGUCCUACGGGACCUGGAACGUUGAAUCCAAAUGCACCAUUACUAUUGGCGAGUGCGUCUUUUGAUUCAACUGUUCGUCUAUGGGAUGUUGAGCGUGGCAGUUGUUUACAUACAUUAAUGAAACAUUCAGAACCAGUUUAUUCAGUUGCAUUUAGUCCUGAUGGAAGAUUUUUAGCCACGGGAUCAUUUGACAAAUGUAUUCAUAUUUGGGAAAUACAGAGAGGAGACAUUGUGCAUAGUUAUCGUGGCACAGGUGGUAUAUUUGAAGUUUGUUGGAACAGUCGAGGAAAUAGAGUAGGAGCCAGCGCAUCAGAUGGAACAGUGUGCGUACUUGAUUUAAGGAAAUAA